AGUGUAACAGACAGAGUUCAGUCCCUCCCAGUCAGUCGGACUGCAGACUGCUGCUGCAGGUUACACUCUCCCCGAAGUUUCACUAAGGAUGGAGGAAAUGGGCAUAACCGAGGAGCAGCCAACUUGUGCCUUCUGCCACUGCCCAUUCCCUGACUCUGACGCACUGCCCUGUGGCCAUUACCUUUGCUCCAACUGUAUCGAGGAUUCCCAGGCCAAGGGGAAAGCUGUGGGCAGACUGGACUGCCCGGUGUGUGCCAAUCCGUCGGUCUCGGAGCCCAGGCCGGACGUGGCAAGCCAGCCUGAGGAAGCAGCUGCCUCUGCCCUCACGGCCAAGCUCCCCUUACCUGGAGGGGAACUUCAGGUGGUGAGCGUAGGUGAGCCUGCGGCCAGACUUCCCAGCGAUCCGAUAGAGAGACAGUGCCGUGAACACAAGGAGCCUCUGGAGUUUUACUGUGAAGACGAUGGAGAGUGUGUGUGUGGGCCGUGUACAAUAACAGGCAAACACAAAACCCACUCCCUGCUCAGCUUGGAAAAGGCAGAAAGUCACAUAAAGGAAAAAUUGAGAAAAGAAGUUGAAAAUCUCCGGAUAAUUCAGCAGGAUUGCCAUUUCAAGCACCAAGAUGUAACAAUAACCGAAUCGGAAAUCAAGAUGAACUCCGAUGUCCGGAGAUACCUGAAAUCAAGCAGCAGAGACAGUUGGCUGUGUAGAUUCACUGCUGGGUCAGACAGCUGUGACCAGUUACUUCCCGCUUGA